ACUGUGCCAACCUACACACCUCCACCCAACCCCCCGAUGGCUGUGGCAGUAACCUGAGCACCAUCAGAGGUGUAAAUGGUGUCCAUUCCCAUAAUGGUGCAUUCCCAUAAUGCUUUGCUUGGCUAGUAUUCUCAGAAUGGGGUCUGUUUGGCCAUGUCUAGCGGGUUGGAGCAGUGAAACUAGUGUUGAGAAAUACUGUGUUGGCCUGAUCACUACAAUCGUACAUUGCUGUGACUUAAAUUAGAUAUACAAUUGACCUUAAAAAGGACUGUGGUCUGCAAGGUCUUGCUUAACCAAAACAGAACUAAAAUGACAUCCAAACCUGCUAAAGCUGUGAAAAAUGAGAUAAAAGAAGAGGAGUUUGAUGAGUUCUUAUACUCCCAUAUCUUUGCCAGUCAAAGUGUGGAUGUGAAGCCUGAAUUGCAACAACACAUCAAAACAGAAGUGGAUGAGUUACCUACUACUUCUGGUCAAGAUUUUGUAAGCACCAAUGAUAUCAAGGAAGAACUAAAGGAAGAAGAUGAUGUUGGACAGCACAGGAAUGGUGGAUCAAAUGCAAAAUGUGAUGUUGACAGGAUCCAGUCUAAUGGAAGACAACACACGGAUGAAAACAGAUACACAGUACGAAGAGAUGAUCAACAGAUGCACAGCUUUCAGUACCCCCAUUGUGAAAAGAGCUCUCCUAAGAUCGGAGCUCUCAAGAAACACCAGAGGACACACUCAGGGGAAAAACCAUUUCAGUGUUCUGACUGUGGAAAGAAUUUUAGCCGAACGGAAGACCUCAAGAGACACCAGAUGAUCCACUCAGGGGAAAAACCAUUUCAGUGCUGUGACUGUGGAAAGAGAUAUAAUAAAAUGUCCAACCUCAAGAAACACCAGAUGAUCCACUCAGGAGAAAAACCAUUUCAGUGCUGUGACUGUGGGAAAAGUUUUAAUCGACUGGGCAACCUCAAGGCACACCAAAUGAUACACUCAAGUGAAAAACCCUUUCGGUGCCUUUACUGUGGAAAGAGAUUUAGCAGAAAGGACUAUCUCAGGAAACAUGAGAAGAUUCAUUCAGGAGAAAAAACAUUUCAGUGUUCUGAUUGUGGAAAGAGUUUUAUCCUCAAGGUUCACCAGAUGAUUCAUUCAGAUGAAAAACCAUUCCAGUGCUUUUACUGUGAAAAUAGAUUUAUCAGAAAGGAAUGUCUCAAGAAACACCAGGUCACCCAUUCACAUGAACCGGAAUUUGAGUGCUCUGACUGAGGAAAGAGUUUCAUUCGAAUACAUGAUCUCAAAGAACACUUGGUGAUCCAUUCAGGGGGAAAGCCAUUUCAGUGCUUUGACUGUUGAAAAUGUUUUAGUCGACUGGGCCCUCUUACAUCACAUCAGAGGGUUCUUUCUGGUGAAAAUCCACGUUAUUAUUGUGAGUGUGUAAAAAGCUUUCACCACAAGAUGAGCCUAAAAAUUCAUAAAGGAUGCAUUCAAGAGAAAAGCCCAUUUGAGUGCUCUCAAUGUGGAAAGUUUUGGUCAACCGGCCCAUCUUAAGAAACACCAGAGGAUUCAAAAGCAUGUUUAUGUAUUUAGUAAAAAUGACUAUGAAUGAAAUGGUUAACUGCAGAUGUCAUGGAAAUUACUACUACGAGAAUGUUAUUUCAGUGUUUUGUAAAUGUAAGACUGCUGUAAAAUACAGUGCUGUUCGAAAUAAUUUGCCUCCUUUCUGAUUUCUUACUUUUUUGCUCCUUUGUCACAC